CUCCACCCCUUUCCACCUACAAGUUUUGAUUUUCUCACCUUAUUUUCUCGAGAAAUUUUUUUAGCUCUUUUGUUCUGUUAUAACUAAUGGCUACUCUAAUGCUCUCUCUCAAAACAGCGCUAAUAUCAACUGGAGUCAUAUCCGUAGCGAUUCUGCUUAAAGUUUCAGCUCCAUCGGUGACUGAGUUUGUAACGUCUGGUAUUCCUUCAAUUUACGGUUUAAUACUCUCUUUUCUUCGGCCUCCGUACCUUUACCUUCUUAUCAACGGCAUCAUCAUCUCUAUCGUCGCCUCUUCCAAGCUACAGGCGCAGAAACCAGAGUCUACUCAACAAAUUAAUCCUUCGCCGGAGAUAGUUUCGCAGGCGCUCAAGGUUCCAAGUGAAGUAUUUAGCAAUGAGUACAGUUACGGAACUCCUGCAGCAACAGUCUUGGUGGCGGAGGAGAUUAAGAGAACGGUGGAAGAGGAGCAAGUUAAAGUGGUGACGGAGGCGGCACCGGCACCAUUGAGGACUGAAUCUAUGGAGCUUAUUAAUUUGAUGGCGGAUAAGCCGCCAGUGGCGAGGAGAUUCGGUCAGCGGAAAGCUGUGAAAGCGGCCAUGGAAGGGAAAGCCUUGAGAGUGUCGAAGCCAAAACGGCACGAUACAUUGGAGGCAACGUGGAAAACGAUCACGGAGGGUCGUCCGAUGCCGUUAACACGUCACCUGAAGAAAUCCGACACUUGGGAACAACGCACUCAAAAGGACCAUAAUACCCCUCCCCCUCCUCUCCCCAACACCAUGAAGAAAUCUGAUACAUUCAACGAACACUCCAGGGAACCGCCACUGGCUCGAUCCUCCGGCUCAGGAAAACUCAAGAAAGACCCUUCGUUGAGUCAGGACGAGUUGAACCGCCGAGUGGAAGCGUUCAUUAAGAAAUUCAAUGAGGAAAUGAGGUUGCAAAGGCAGGAGUCUUUGAAUCAGUAUCAGGAAAUGAUUAGAAGAGGGGCACAGUAGAGAAUUUACUGACCUCUUGGGGUUAAAAAGUAAAAGGACUCUCUUAUUUUUUACUUUUUACCUUUUUUUUAAGUGGGGGUAAAUAAUUCCUGCUCUGUAAAGGUCCUUUUGACUUUCCUAUCCUUCUAGUUUUGUUUUCCUGUAACGUUGAUCAUUGGAAUUCCAUGAUUUUGUGUAAUAGCUAAAA